CAAUGCUACCAACCAGGGAAGAAGGAAGAUGAAGACGAAGAGCUUGCUUGGAUUAAAUGCGCUGAAGACUAUCAUUGUUCGGCUGAAUGUAUUCGGGUCUUAGGUAGUCGUUUUCGAGUAAAAUGUUAUGGUAAAUCUGACUGUGAAACUCUGGCUCGAAUUCAUGAUGGAGGAGCAAAUGGUUGUCGUGACAGAUUACAGACAGCUCUUUAA